AUACACUGCUGCCGUCGCUGCCGCUGCCUGUUGAUAGUAGUGCUCGCUGGGCAGCGGCGUCGGCAUCUCGGCCAGUUCUGUUGCUUUUUGGGGCCUGUCGUGCCGGCGUCGUUGUGGUGCUUACUAGCGUGCUUUUUUUAUUAAUACUAUUAUUACUAUUCUUUUAUUUGUUCAACGCUCUCUCUUGUUCCGGUUCCGCGUUUUUGUACUCUCUUUGUCUGUCCGUAUGUGUGUGUGUCUGUGCGCGUCUCUUUCUGUGCGACUCUUUUUGCGUUGUUUGUCUUCUUCGUGGUUCCCUUUUUCUGCCGCGAAAGCUGCUGCUUCUUCAUUGUCGCAUAGUUAGCAUUUAGUGGCUUUUUUUGUACAAAUGUGAUAUAAUUUUGUUAAGUAUUUAUUUAUUUAAUUGUAAAAAAACGAGCUAAAAACGCGCACACACAGAAGGAAUUCCACGCAGUAACAGCACUCGCACUCGCAGUCGCAGCAAAGCCAACGCCAACGCCAGCAGAAACAGCGUCCCCAGCAGAGAGAAGAUCACAUCUCUCUCCGCCACCGCCACAAUGGUCUACUCCACCAACAUACUGCUGGCCAUCGUCACCAUCCUGACGGCCGUGUUCGUGUGGUCGCGCCGCACCUAUGUCUACUGGCAGCGGCGUCGCGUCAAGUUCGUGCAGCCGACGCAUCUGUUGGGGAACCUCAGCAAGGUGCUGCGUCUGGAGGAGUCGUUCGCGCUGCAGCUGCGUCGCUUCUAUUUCGACGAGCGGUUCCGCAAUGAGCCCAUCGUGGGCAUCUACCUGUUCCACCAGCCGGCGCUCCUCAUCCGGGACCUGUCGCUGGUGCGGACCGUGCUCGUCGAGGACUUUGUGAGCUUCUCGAAUCGGUUCGCCAAAUGCGAUCUGCGACACGACAAGAUGGGCUCGCUCAACCUCUUCUUCGCCAAGCAGCCAGAGUGGCGGGAAAUACGGACGAGGCUGUCCCCCGUCUUUACGGGGGCGAAGAUUAAGCAAAUGUUCUCGCUGAUGGAGGAGAUUGGCUGCGAUUUGGAAUAUUAUCUGAAGAGACUGACGCGCGAUAUGCGGAGAAGCGACGCCUCUGCACGCGGCGUGAUCGUGAGCAUUAAGGACGUGUGCGAUCUGUAUAACACGGACAUGAUCGCAAGCAUCGCCUUCGGCCUGAGAUCGUAUAGCCUGAGGAGCACGCAGUCGGAGAUUGGUUCACACUGUCAGGACAUCUUCCGGCCGAAUGUGCGGCGGAUAAUUGACUUUUUCGUGAUAUUUUACCUGCCCAAACUGGUGCCGCUGUUGCGGCCCCGUCUGUUCACGGAGCCGCAUGCGGAGUUUCUGCGCCGGGUCAUCCAGCUGGUGAUCGAGGAGCGGGAGCGCGGCGGCGACCUGCGCAACGAUCUCAUCGAGAUGCUGCUAACGCUCAAGAAGGAGGCGGAUCUGCAGAAGGACAAGUCUCACUUCACGCAUCAUCGCGACUUCCUGGCCGCCCAAGCGGCCAGCUUCGAGGUGGCCGGCAUCGAGACAUGCUCGUCCAGCCUCUCCUUCGCCCUCUACGAGCUGGCCAAACAGCCCCUCAUGCAGGCCCGGCUCCGGCGCGAGAUACGCGAGACCUUCGAGGAGUCCCCGGCCGGGUCGCUCAGCUACGAGCUAAUCGGCCGGAUGCAAUACCUUGAAAUGAUCGUCGAGGAGACGCACCGCAAGUACCCCAUUGUGCCGCUGCUGGAGCGCGAGUGCACCCCCAUUAACAAGAAGCGCUUCUACUCGCUCCGUCCGCACGCCGAGUGCUAUGCCCGUCGCGGCAUGCCCAUCUAUAUAUCCAAUCUGGCCAUACACCAUGACCCAAAGUACUGGCCGGAUCCGGAUCGCUUCGAUCCGGAGCGCUUUAGCGCCGAAAAUAAAUCACAUCAGGCCCCGAUGUCGUAUCUGCCGUUCGGCGCCGGGCCCAAGCACUGCAUUGGGAUGCAGAUUGGCCAAUUGCAGAUAAAGCUGGGACUCAUAUACUUUCUGCGUCGGCACCGGGUCGAGCUCUGUGAGAAGACUGUCGAGCGCAUCAGCUUCGAUGCCAAGUUCGCGCUUUUGGCCAGCGAACACCGCAUUUACCUCAAGGUCGCCGACUGCUUAUAGCGCCCUCUCAUCAUCCCCGUCGUUGGCAGCAGCAGCCCCAUUAUUAGCCCCAUCUAUGUCAUCGUCGUCAUCGUCAUCAUUUGCCACAUUGUAUAUACCAGGGCAUGCCUCAAAUAAACUUUGCUACUUUCUUUUUUUUUUACCCGUA